UUACCGCUUGCAGCCCAUUGUUAAGCCGAUAAUGGGAAGGGAUUGAGGCUUUCUCGCCUCUGGUUCCGAGUCCCUUUCUUGAAAAGAACUUGUUCACUCUUUGUGGACUGGUCCUGUUGCUUAGGCUUUUCACUGCCAUUAAUGGCUAAGAAGAGGUUAAAUUCCAUUAUUCCUCUCGGCCUUUAAGAGCUAACUACCGACCCAAUCCAAAACCCUAACGCUGUUGCGUUUCGUUUAGCUGAGAUCGUCGAGAAAGAGCAAAGCAGAUACUCCAGGGGUUUUUUUCGUCUUUACGCGCUAGAUUUGGGUGAACUGGAGUUAAAUUUCGGCUGAUUUUUUUAGUCUUUUCCUGUUCAGGAACGGUUUGGUGGCCUCCAGAAGAACAAUCAGGUAGCGACUGGUUCCAUGUUUGAAUAUCAGCUGACCAUUCAGUCAGCAAAGAAUCCAGGCCGUCCGAUCCAGGGUUCUUGCAGGAUGGGGAAGGCAGGAAGAGACUGGAAGCAGGUGUACGAAAUCUACGGCGUGGAGAAUUGGUGGUCAGUGGUGGCCCUGUUCGUUCAGGCCGCCAUCUUUGCGGCGCUCUCCGUCUUCCUCCUCGCCUUCUUCGAACCGUUGUCUGUGUCUCUUCACUCCCGCUUUCCGGCGAUUCCGGCCCCCAUCCUUCGCCUGGCUGCAGGCGUCAUGGGCUCUGUUGCGGGCCUCACUGCUGGUUUCCUGUUUGCUGACGCCGCACAUUCUCUCCACACAUCCGCCGCCCUGCGCUGGGCCAUGGCACAGCGCGUGGUUGCCAUGGUCUCCGACUGGUCCACGGUGCGCACCGCCCUCGACCUUGGCUGCGGCCGCGGAAUACUCUUAAACGCAGUAGCGCUCCAAUUGAAGAAGGAAGGGAGCGCAGGAUGCGUGGUUGGGUUGGCUUUGAGGGGGAAUACGGUGGCGGCCACGCUGAGGGCAGCCGUAACAGAAGGGGUGCAGGAGUACGUGACGUGCAGGCAGGGGGACCCCAGGAGACUCCCGUUUGCUGGGAAUUAUUUCGACGUGGUGGUGUCCGGGAGGUUUAUGCACACGGUGGUUGGGGUGGAGGAAAGGGGGAGGGUAUUGGGGGAGGCAGUGAGGGUGAUGAGGGAGGGCGGGGUGGGGGUGGUGUGGGACGAUGAUAGGGUUUUGGUGGCGGAGUACGCGGAGAGGCUGACGGGGAUGGGGAUGGAGGAGGUAAGGGUGGCGGAGGGAAUGGUGGUGGCCUUCAGGAAGCCUGUUGGAGGAGGUGCGACGCAGAGAGUGGGAGUGGUGGUGGCUCCCAAGGAGUAUGAUUACCUCAGUGUGAGCACCGGCUAGUGAGAUCCCCUUCAUCUCUCUCUUGAUGAAGUUGUUAUCUUCCUCUUGUUUUUUACUUACAGGGCAGUCUGAUGAUGUACUUAAAGUUGAAGGCUGGGGAGGCGAAGCUGAGCCAGACCUAAAGAAAAUAUGGUGUUAUCUCUCUUGAUGAAAUUGUUAUCUUCCUCUUGUUUUUUACUUACAGGGCAGUCUGAUUAUGUAAUUACAGUUGAAGGCUGGGGAGGCGAAGCUGAGCCAGACCUAAAUAAAAUAUGAAAAUACGGUGUUAUGUGUGUAUUCUGCUA